AUGCCCAACCAGGCGCAUUCGGUUGAUAGAAUGACAACUGCCAAGUAUUCUCCGAAUAAACUGUUCAAGACGACCAUUUCCUGCCAGUCGUUGCUAAGAGCUCUUGAAGAUCCAGUCUUCUCAUCAAAAGAUCUGCACAGUAGUCUAGUCGAGUAUGAACCCUUUCAUAUCCUUGGUGUAAACUACUAUCAACCUCCAUCGUCGGCAUCUCGCAGUCUAGUCGAGUCCAAGCAGAUCCAACUACAAAACAUCAAGUUGACCAUAUGUGACGAUAAAGAGCUGGCCUUUCUCUUGAGAAUGAGUGACCAUUUUGAUCUUGACCAAGUGCAAUGUCUUCUUAUUCUACGAGAGUGUAUUGAGCAUGUGGAGCUGACUCCAGUCUCACUUCGAGCCAUAGUCAGCGAGGGAAAACCAAAGUACGACGAUGAAACCUUUGCGUUUGUUCAGGAUUAUUAUUUUCAUGAGCGUCUCAACAAGCUAUCUGUUUUGGCCACCAUGCUUCGUAUAUCUUAUGAUCCGUCGCAUUUCCAUCAUCAAAUUGUAUCAGAGAGUCUGGAAAAUAUUUUAUCUGCAGCUUCUGACGAUGGAGCUUUGUUUUAUAGUCGUAUCUUAUCACAACUUACUGCAACUGGGGUAAAAAACAUUCCUACACACUUCCAAGUAGAUCCAGAUCUAGCCCAUAUCUGGUCUUGUCAAAACCUGGAAGAACAGAUUGCACUUGCCGAGAUUUUAGUGUUGCUAUUUUAUGUUAGAGUGCCGUGUUCUCCAUUUUCCAUCACAUCGGUUUAUUCUACGUUGUACCAAUUUUCUUUUGGCGUAGAUCAGCCAAAUAGAUCUUAUUUUAAAGAAACGCAGCAUAAGCGCAUGUCAUAUCUUAACCACCUAUGCAAUGUUGUUUGUGCUGAAACAUUUCGCUUUGAAAAUUGCAUCGAUUUUAACCACUCGACCCAGCUAUUCGAUGAUUCGGCAGACUAUGAUCAGAUUCCUGCACUCUUCUCAGACAUGGCAGAUACCAUAUGGAGUUCUCUUCAAGACAGACCUUCACAUUUACCUGGAAAUUUCGAUGCUCUGGCUAAUAUGUCAUGGGCCAUUUUUCAGCAAGUGCUUGUUUUGCGCAUUCCAGCUAUCCCCACUGGCUCUGCGCGCGAUUUCCUCUUGAAGAUACGAGACAACAGCUCAGUUUCAGAUCAUGGUCCGCAGCGACUUUUACAGCAUUCGUAUCUUUCACAAAAUGUCUUUGAGGGACUAUUACAGUCGCUUGGUCAAUCGCCCUAUCACGGCGAAAUUGGAAGUUGUGCAGCUCUCAAGAGUAUUUUAAAAGGUGUUUUUAUGGCCUUUUUUACGACCCAGAACGUGCCUUCAUUACCAAAAAGAAAUAUACUGGUUAAUUGCAUGUCGAAGCUUUUUUCUGGAGAAGGAGAACUUUGCAAGCAAUUUUGGGAUGAGGAUUACCCUGUAGAUGAGCGUCGAUCACUUCUCGAUUCAACCCGCAGGCACUUUCCAAUUGAAUUUUCUCAUUUUCUUGAACUUGUUGGCUCGCUCACCUCUAGUGCUGAAACGUCUGUAGUGACUUUGGCGUAUCUUUCGGAAAUCACAUCAUUUUCUGAUUUACUUCGUAGCGGAUACGAACCAGCGCCGAAUGGUGUAUUUGGCGAGCAGUUUCAUUGGACUGGAGGCCCACUAGUAUUUGGCUCUCGUUCUGUGUCUUUUUGUGCUCCGGUGGGCACAUUGGCAACUCUUUCUGGCGAAGGAACCGUGAUUUUAAACAUGCAUUACUCUGCGUGGGUGCUUUUUGAAGUCCUGCUAGAGUCUUUUCUUUUUAAAUCAAACCAUAUUGACGACGCAUUGGCUCCUGGCCCCUUAAUAGGCACUGGCGAAACUACACUUGCAAUUCUAAAGUUUCUGAGUAUUUUUUUCAGUCAUGCAGCUAGAUCCACUGUCAAUGCUUUGAUGGUGCAUUUAAGCGAGUGCUCUUUGCUGAAACAGUACGCACCUACACAUAAUUCAGAGCGAUCAGAAAAACAGCGUCCGGAAGAACGUUUGGUUGCUCUCUUAUCUUUGAUUCUUGACAGAGUGUGUCUACAGCAAUCGCCACAUCUUGAGCUAGUCACAUAUUGCCUUGACACUCUUAGACUUCUUUUGGCUCAUUAUCCAAGUCUGGUGUGGCGGCAUCUCCGUUCUCACAUGCUUUUACCCCACUACUCUAUAACACCGUUGGCUCCGCAACAACCAUCUACCAGUUACAUUCAACGAUCAAUUUUGCCACUGGAGCGAUCUUCUGGAUCAUACCUUGCUACCAAGUCAUUUUUGCUUCUAUUUCAGGAUCUUUUGGAUGAUUCGCAAGGUACCUUACAAGCCAAGUGGUCAUAUUUUGAUUCAAUGGAUAUUUUAGAGUCUUUUGAUACACAACGCGCCGCUAAUACUAAAGCAGAUUCUUACCAGCGUGACGGGUUGUUUGAUGAUGUUGCAUCACGAACAGAGGUUUUACAAUCUAUCUUGUCAUUUCUGAUUUACGAUGUGUUUCCAACUUAUCGUUCGUGGCGAUAUCAAAAUAUUUCCGACAAAUUUCAAAUCGGUGUCAGCAUUUUAGCAGCAUUCAACAAGAUCCUUGACCAUGUGUGCUGGGCUAAUGAGAAGUUUGCGAGUUUGAAAGGCAAUACGAUUUCCACAGACAUGACUCCCGCAAGUUCAUAUGCCUUUGUAGUCAACGCCUUUCUUCAAGCAGAUUCUUCACAGUAUGCAAGUGCACUUUUAGAACUGAUUGGAACGGGGAAUGAAUCGUUGUUGUAUUUGCACCGUCACCAUCGAUCAGUCGAGGCAAAUCUAUUGGAGCGUUGCGUUACUGAUAGUUUGCGGUUUGCUGGUUCAUUAAUAUUAUGUCGAAUCAAGUUUGGCAGACCUUUGUCGGUAUUGGAGAACAUGCUGCUAGAUCGCACAAUCAAGCGUAGUGCCAGCAGUCCUGUUGAUUUAGUACAUAUUGUUGGCCGAUAUGUAUUUUACGAACAUAAUCUAAAUCUUUCCAAAGAGGCCAUACACCUUUUGACGCUUGUGUGCCAGGCUACAUCAGAUGUGCACUCAAAAUCAGUUUCUUUUGUUGGAUACUUUGGAAAAGACGCUCAAGCAUUUGCUGAUUCUCUUAGCCGGAUUGUACGAAACGAUGGAGCAACUAUUAGGUAUAACUCUGAGAUGCAAGAUGCGGUACUUCACUUUGUCACGACUGCUUUGAAAUCUCAACCUGGACUCUCAGCCUUGCUUUUUGCACCAGGAACAGCCAGUAUCACUGAUUUUUACCGUCCUGCAUUACAUCCCAUUGCUGCUAAAUCCGCCAAUAGCGGUACCACAUCAGAAAAAAAACAGUCACCAUUAAUUCUAGCAGUUAUGGAUAUUAUUACAGAUUGGAAGCAGGGGCUUAUCUUUCAUCCCUUUGUUCUUGUUUCUAGCAUGCGUCUUUUUGACUUGAUUUGGCAAAAUGCUCUAGAUCACCGCAAUACGUUGAGUUUUUUCCGCCAGUCAAAGUUUCUUUGGAACAUUUUGCAUAGCAUGCUUACCGUCACAUCAGUAGAAGUCUUGUCACAGUGCAAAUCAGCAGACGAUACAGAGCCUGUACAAAUGUCAGCUCAAAAUGAUCUCAUCCCGUGCGUAUUAAAUUCCUUGCAAUCAUUUGCCCUGCAUAUUUUGACUUUGGAGGCCUAUUUUUCAAUUGGAGUAGCUGGUAUUAGCGAUGCUCAUCGCUCCAUGAUUCAGAAACUUGUUGGCGAUGCGUUUCUAUCAAAAGAUUUAUUUGCAGUUAUAUUCAAUAAUGAGCCUUUUCCUUUGGGCAGUGGUUCAUUUGAAGCUGUGCAUUCAUUAGUUAAGCAGGAACAUCCGCCUGUUAAUCUGAGUCUAUAUUGCAUUCCUCAAACCGCCACAUUUAGCCGUCAAAGCCUGUUUGGAAAACGCUACAUGUUUGACAUUGACGUUUUGGCUAGACAGUUUGUGGCAACCAAUAGUACACAAGGCGUAUUUCCACCAAGUAGUUUGUUUUCCAACCGCAAAAAAACUCUCCAAUAUCUGGGAAAGUUGAAUUGGGAAUGGUCUCGUGCAGAUUCCUUUUUGCAAUUAUUACAAUCCAUGGAAUUUUCUAUCGAAGUGCUCUGCGUCCAACUUUGGGAUAUCAUUUGGCCAAAAAAAGGCUCACAUCGCUCAAACAAAUUAGCUGAAGAAUCCCAUACUUUUCAACUCAUUGUCAGUCUUACCACACUAUUGAAUAAUGACAAACGUUCCGAGCCUGUUAUACUUCGGUAUCGCACACUCUGUGCGCGUAUGAUUCGAGUUUUAACUAUUUCGUGGAUCCGAUCCAAGACACUAACUGCAUCAGCAGAGCCCUUUCAAGGCAAUGCAUUGGCAGUUUCUGAGCAUUUACAAUUAAUUGGCAGCAUUCAAGUUGCUUUAACCUCGCCAUCACCAUACGGACUAGGUCCAGUGGGAUAUCUGUCUAUUUACGAGUUUCAUAUCGAGCUAUUAAUGUCUGCACUGCUGCUUAUACAUUCAAUCAGUGAAAAAUAUCUCAAAAACAAGGGCACAGACUCGUCUGUUUCGGAAACACGAAUUGCUGAAGUUUGCGAGCAACUAGUAUCAUUUAUAUGUCAAGCGCUUUCGUUUGUUUUAUCGGCCGAUCUGACAGACACACAUAAUUCUCAUUUACGGAUUGGACACGCUCUCAUGAUUGAGCUUUUAGAGUUGAAAGAGUUGCGUUCUUCUGUAUGGCUAUCUUCAUUCGAUCGAUUCCAGAUCAUUCCUUUGAUGCUGAAUAUUAUCUCCAAGGCAGACACACCAUUUUUUGAACAUUGCCCAGAAUCAUUUGAUAUGAUUUUAAAUACGAUUCUGUGCAUUUCCUCAAAUCCAAGGUUUGCAGAAAGGCUUGCAAUUGAAGGCAUUUUGACGGCUAUUUCCAGCUCUGCGUUUGCCUCUCAAAUGAUCAAUGGCAUUGUUGGUACAAUCACUCUGCAAGUCUCUGCCAGGAUGCAUCGUUCAUGGGGACUCACACUUUCAAUUUUAACACAGAUGCUCGAUGCUCUUGGACAUAGUCCACAGUUUGCAUUUGAGCUUAUUUCCAUUUUAAAACUGCUUAUGCCGAACCUGCUAUCUACAUUUGAAGCUGUUGCUACUGGACCUAUACUUUUUUCCAACAUAAGUGAACUGGAACACGCCUCAGAAUUAGUACUUUCGUUGACGCAGGUUCUUGGAGCACGCUCACAUACACUAGGAUAUCAGGAACCCGAGAUUCUAUCGACACUACAAAAUGCAUCCCUUUAUAUACUCUCGUACUUUACACAUCUGUUUUCUAGUCCAUUGGAACUUGCAGCUAUAUGUGAUUUUGCAAUACGUUCCAAUAGGACAGCUACUACUGGAGAUGUAGCUCCAGCUCAACUUGAAUCUGAGCAUAUUCAUAUCAAAAUGCGGCGUAUUACUCGCAACUUAAUAUCUUUGCUUGUCAUUACAACGAAUGCAGAGACUGCCAUGCUGUCAGGAAGUGAUAUUACCAUUCAUAAUACAACCAACAGUCUCGUGUUGCUUCAGAAACUGACUUUGGUACGAGAUGAAACCAGUUCGUUUGGUACGCUUUUUAGUCUCAUUCGACAAAUUCUUGGAUUUAUGGAAUCGUCAACUCGAUCUACUCUGACUAUUCGACAGCGGUCGGAUUGCGAAGUAUGUAUACAGAUCAUUGAAGGGUUAUUGUUGCUUCUUCUUUCACAAUUGUUUGUAUGCCAGACACUCUGUGAGAAUACAGAGGAUAUUGCUACCGAGAUGCUGCAAACUUUGGAUGAGAUGAAGCAGGUUCUUUCGCUAAAAGGCAACACUAGCAAUCCUAUGCUUUUGUCUGCAGCUUCUUCCUUGGAAAUUGUUGCCUUUUUGGAUAAAAUAUGCCAACGACGACUAAGAGUCAAAUAA